CUGCUUCAAGAUAGAGACUAAAGCCGAGCUGCUUUCUUCAUUUGCCUUGAUGAAAAACAUCGUAUCAUCGGCAAAGAGGAGGUGAUUAAUCUGAGGACAUCCCCUGGCCACUCUAAUCCCCUCCAUACUCCCAUCUGCUUGCGCAUUGUUACACAGCCCCGAGAGAACUUCACUACACAUGAUGAAAAUGUAAGGUGAAAGUGGGUCUCCUUGGCGGAUUCCCCUACUCGAUUUAACUCUUCCUCUAGGCGAGCCGUUAAUGAGGAAGGCGUAGGUAACAGAUGUGAUGCAAGCCAUGAUCAGAUUUACCCAUUUUGCGUGGAACCCCAGUCGCAAAAGCACUCUUCGAAUGAAGCCCCAUUCGAGCCUUUCAUAGGCUUUGCUCAUGUCAGUUUUCACCGCCAUAGAAACUCUUGUUUUGGCUUUGGACUUCUUGAGAUAUAUUUAUGUUUAAAAAAAAAAAAACAAGAGAACAGAACAGAGUAUAUUUUAUGUUCUGCCUCUUCUGGUUUAACAAUGUCCAAAUCUGUUCUCAAAAGUCAAGACUCUUGACCCUUGAGCACAAGACGCUCAUAAUCUCCAAGCUCAACUUGACCGCUCCUUUCCAGCCAACCCUGAAACAUAAACUCUAUUGCUCCAGCGACUUCCCGGUUCUCUCCGGGACUAGUAGCGUGUAUACAAAAGAUAACCUUAUUAACAAUAGGCUUAUUGUCUGACAUGUUCCAUGCUAGAAAAAAAACCUUCAUCUUCUUUUAGAUUCUAAAGAAUUAAGAAAAAUAAUAUACAGAUUCACUUGCGCUGCCAAAAAAAAAAGAAAGGGCAAUCAAAUAUCCUCAAUCGAGAAACACAGAGGCACUAGAGGCAUUGUGGCAUAUUCUGGGAUUGGGCUAUGCCAAUGUGGAUGCUCGUUUCAUCGACAAUGGAGCUGUUCACCUUUUUUAUGAAACAAUGCAAUUUUCAUUGAUACUUUAGUGUUUGGCUAGAUUUACUUCCAUCUUCUAGACAGCCAUACCUCCCACAUUUGGUUACAGAGACACUUGCAAGUGUUUUGUAUGCUCAGACAGACACCAAUCACUUUCUAUAUGUUGUGAAUGUUGAUAAUUCAAAUUCAGUGAAGCAUCGCUUAUUCUCUGUUUGUAUACAAUAAUAUUUCCUUACGAGAAGACAAAAAUGAAAGAAAAAAAAAUCUUUGCUUCAAAGAAUAAGUUUAACUGAAUAAUAACAAACCCUAUAAUAUUGGCGACCAUAGUGGGAACCGAACCAACUUAUGAUUGAGCCGCCAUUUUUUUUUGAAAGUUACAAAAAAAGAUUCUCUGUAAUUCUAGUAAGAUUUAAAAUCUUCCCUACUUCUCUCUCUCUCUCAUAGAGGAAGCUCUCAGAGUAACAAUGAAGAGUUGUGAGCAUGAAAAUGUUUCCCUGAAAACAACAAGCAGAGGAAAGUCCCGCGUGGUUAGUUCACGUUUCCUCUCUCCGACAUCAUCUUCUUCUCCUAUCCGCAGAAACUCCACUUCCAAUUCAUCUGCCAACAACGUCCAUCUCGGUUUGAGAAAGCAUGAUCGGAUGUCAGAUGGGAUCCCAAAUCAAAGUAAUGGUCCUGAAGUUGACACAAAAGAAAAUCGUAGGCGGAUCGAUGAUGAGGAUAAUGUCAUACUUCCUGGCAGAUUUUCCGUUGACGAAUGUGCAUUGCACAGAUCAUCAUCAUCAAGGAGAAACUCUCGCUCCUCUCUACUCUAUUAUAAUGAUGAAUCUGAUUCAGAGUUGAGUGAUGUGUCCUUUGCUUCAACAACUCUUAGCACAAGUCGUUCAUUAUCCAGGAGCCAUAAACCUGGUAUCAAAGUCUCUUCUAAAUAUCUGCAUGAUGCAAGCAAAGGGUGCACCACCAACAACACGAGGUUACAACAAGGUUCCCAGAGCUUUCGGGGGGGCAUCGAGAGUAGGACUAAUUCAGCGGCUAGGUAUGGCAGUUCAAUGUCUCAGUGGGCGCUGUCACCAGGAAGAUCAUUGGAAGCUCAUCAGGCCUCGAGCAUAUAUCCAAGUUCAAACCUCAAGCCUCCAAGAGGCAAAGGCGUUGGUAAACUAUUCAACCUUGGUUUGGAUUUCUUCAGGAGGAGCAAGAACAAGUCCUCUCCCAUCUCUUCCCCAUUAAAACCAAAGACAGAGGCUUCUCAUCAGCUGAAGCUUAUGAACAAUCGGUUGGUUCAGUGGAGGUUUGUCAAUGCUAGGGCAUCGGCUGCAAACAAUAAUGUAGCCUCCCGAGCAAAGAAACAGUUACUAUCUGCAUGUGAUGCUCUUACCAAAUUACAAAAUUUGGUUCUACAAGAGAGAAUUAAUCUGCAAAAGAAACAGUUGGAAAUGAAGCUGGCUCAUCUCCUUGUUUCUCAAGAUAAGCAUCUUGAGGCAUGGGAGGACAUGGGAAGACAACACUUUUCAUCUAUUUCCAUGACCACACAAGCCCUGCAUUCUCUUCUUUCCAGGGUUCCCCUAAGGGAAGGUGCAAAGGUGAAGAUAGAAUCUGCUGUCACUAUAUUUCAGAAAGGAGAAGCAGUCUCUGAUGGUAUCAUUUCUACUGUGAAUAGUUUUGCUCCCACGCAGAUAGAGGAUAUCGUUCCACUUGCCUCUCAACUUGCUGAAGUGGUGGCACAAGAGAAGCUAAUGCUGGAGCAGUGCCAUGAUCUUCUGAGAAUGAUAUCUGAGUUAGAGGUACAAAUAUUUUAUGUGUGCAUGAAAAUCUCUCAGAACUGAUAUUGCACGUUUCAUUUCUUCUAUUUCUCUGAUCUCAUAAGUUUUGGAUGCAAGCAGAUGCAGGAGAGGAGCUUAAAGUGCUGCCUUAUGAUUCAACACAAAAAAGACUUUGUAUAACAAACUUGUUCAAGACUAGG